UCACUGGACUGAUGCUAACACUUCGCGUCCUACAGUAUGUGGGGUGUAUAAACAGUGUUACAACCAUCUGCUGUGCUGAGUUGUUAACGAGGGAGACAAUGGCCCCAGGGCCUCAGCUCUGCCCUCAUUCCCUCAUUCAUACUGCUCCAAUGUAGAGGAGAGGUGACUGUGGGCUGUGUCAUUUAGAUUAAAACGUUUAUUGAAUUCUGUCAACUUUAGAGCGGCUGCUUUACAAUAUCUUGAUUUCUAUUGAACUAUUAUUACUAAUUGUAAAUGUGAAUUGAAAACAUUAUCAGGACUUUAUACUGGAUUUAACUUCAGUCUUGGGUUGUUUGUUUCAAGAGGAGCUUGUGAAAAGAGAAACACGUGAACUUUGUUGAUUACUAGCUAUUUUUAAAUGUUUAUUUAAUAUUUUAAUAUGCAUGUGGGCUGUGUUAAAACAGCUGUUCUUCACCAACACCUCAAAUAUCCCUCACAGUCGACCCGAAGCAGAAAACCAAUAACUAUGUGGAGUUACUGCAUGUUAGCAGAAGUGUCUGAUUCAUUAAUGCCAUUGAGUAAACGUUCAUGUGGAUGUGGGGCUGUUAUGGCGCUUUGAUGGGAACCCUGGAAUCUAGGGAAUUUAGCCCCCUCCCCAGGACAAAGGCUGAGUCAGUGGCACUCGCGCUCAGCUCCAAACGCUGAAAUCCCUGAGGGGUGAUUUCUGUGUUUUGGGAAUGGUUCUGGUUUACAGAAAAAGGGGUUUGUUCAGAUUAGGCUAGCUGGCUGCCAGAGACAUGUAAUAUGGCUGCUACGUUGUUCACUGUUUAAUUAGAUGAUAAUGUUGUUGGAUAAGUGUUUAAACCUGCAGAGAACAAAAGCUUUUUGCUGGACUUUGAUCAUAUCAACAAGGCGAAAUUGGAUGUUUUCUGUGAAAGUGGAGGGUGAGGGUCAAGGUCGCAUUCUCCAACGCUUUCCUGAGAAAGACUGGGAGGACAGCCCAUUCCCACAAGGCGUAGAGCUGUUCUGUCAGCCCAGCGGAUGGCAGCUGGUCCAUGAGCGGCAGCCGGCCUCUUUCUUUGUUGCGGUUUUGACUGACAUCAACUCGGAGCGUCACUACUGUGCUUGCUUUACUUUCUGGGAGAGUCUGGACAAUCCACAGCUGAAGAAGAAUGAGGCCGGUGAGGCGGACGAAGCUGAUGAGGACCUGGCAGUUGUCCAACCAGCUCAAGUUUUUGCCCCCAAAAGCCUGGUGCUGGUGUCUCGACUAGACUACACCGAGGUGUUUAGGAACUGCCUGAGUCUGAUCUACACGGUCCAUGUAGAUGGCCUGUCAGCCCAGCUGGAAACGGUGAUCGGAAACCUUCUGACCUGCAUCAUUCCCAUUGCUGGAGGGUCACAGAUAGAUGAGACCCCAGUUUGUAGUUUAGACAUAGUUCCUCAGGCCCUGGCCUGUGACUGGCUGCUGGCCUGUCUCCAGCCAAGCCCAGAGGAAAGAGAGGAGAGUCUGAGAACGAUAACGCUAGGAGCUGGCGACCGGCAGGUUAUCCAGACACCUAUCAAUGACUCGCUUCCUGUCAGCGGCUGCAGUGUGGCACAGCUAUUCCGACAGCUUGGUAUCGUGAACGUGUUGUAUCUGUUCUGUGCUGCCCUGACGGAGCACAAGAUCUUGUUUCUGUCCAGCAGCUACCAGAGACUCACGGACGCCUGUCGAGGACUGCUGGCCAUAAUGUUCCCCCUCAAAUACAGCUUUACCUACGUUCCCAUUUUACCUGGAAAACUCCUGGAGGUCCUGAGCACCCCCACCCCCUUCAUCAUUGGCGUCAAUUCUUUCUUCCGCUCUGAGACUCAAGAACUGUUGGAUGUGAUCAUCGCUGACCUAGAUGGAGGCACAGUUACAAUCCCUGAAUGUGUCCACAUCUCUCUGCUGCCUGAGCCCCUCCUACAGCAGACCCAGACAGCACUCUCCAUGGCUUUGGAUCCAGAGCUGGAAGUUGCUGAUCAUGCAUUCCCCCCACACUCCAUUCAACCUUCUGCACUAAAGAUUCAGGAUAAGGAAAUCCGAGCAGUUUUCCUGUGGCUGUUUGCUCAGCUUUUCCAUGGCUACCGUUGGUGUUUACAUAUAAUCCGCAUCCACCCUGAGCCUGUGAUCCGCUUCCAUAAGGCGGCCUUCCUGGGUCAAAGGGCACUGACGGAGGACGACUUCCUCACCAAGGUGUUAGACGGCAUGGCGUUUGCGGGCUUCGUGUCGGAGAGGGGCCCUCCUUACAGAGCCACUGAUCUGUUUGAUGAUCUUGUUGCCAACCAGGUGGAGCGAAUACGACAAGAGGAGGCCUGCCCACACAAAGUCAUGAACCACAUCAAGGAGCUAGCAGAGCAACUCUUUAAAAAUGAGAACCCCUACCCUGCUGUGGCCAUGCACAAAAUCCAGAGACCAUCAGACAACGGUCAGAACACCUCACAGAUUCAGACCACCUUUCCUGCUCUGGAUGAGGUCGGAGUGCAGCUUUUCAUCGAUCAUGCUGCUGCCAGGCUAAAAAACGCACCUCCUGUGGUCAAGGCAGAGAUUAAGAGCAUGGUGCCAUCAGGGCCACCGCUAGGUGACAUCGUGGACAGGAACAGUAACGUGAUGGCAAACAGCGCUCGCAGACUGGAGGUGGUCAGGAACUGCAUCACAUACAUCUUUGAGAACAAAAUGCUGGAAGCCAAGAAGCUGAUGCCAGCAGUUCUGCGAGCACUGAAAGGUCGCACAGCCCGAGUCUGUUUGACCCAGGAGCUAAACCAACACGUCCUGCAGAACCGGGCCGUACUGGACGACCAGCAGUUUGACUACAUUGUGCGCAUGAUGAACUGCACCUUACAGGACUGCUCACAUAUGGAUGAGCAUGGGAUUGCAGCAGCCUUGCUCCCCCUCAUCACUGCCUUCUGCCGAAAAUUGGGGGCAGGCAUCACUCAGUUUGCCUACAGCUGUGUCCAGGAGCACAUGGUGUGGACAAACAUGCAGUUCUGGGAGGCCAUGUUCUACAGUGAUGUCCAGAACCACAUCAAGGCCCUGUACCUAGAGACGGAUGGUGGAGAUCAGCAGAACAACUCUGUAAUUGUCUCCUCUGCUCCCCCUCAGGAUGGGUCGGGAAGCAGAAGAGAAGUCAGUGCCUUAGAGCUGGCUGCAGAGCAGAACCGGCUGUGGCUGACGCUCAGCAAGGAGCUGCAGAUGGAGCGCGUGCAGAAGGAGGAGAGCACUGUAUUCAGCCAGGCCAUCCACUACGCCAACAGGAUGAGUUACCUGCUGCUGCCGCUGGACACCAGCAAGAACCGGCUGCUGAGGAGCUCCGGGCUCGGUGACGUGGAGAGCGUCAGCAACAGCUACGUCACAAAUAGUAUUGCAGGCAGUAUGGCGGAGAGCUAUGACACAGAGAGUGGCUUUGAGGAUGCAGAAAGUUCAGAUGUGGCCAACUCAGUGGUGCGCUUUAUCAACCGCUUCGUUGAUAAAGUGUGCAACGAGAGCGGAGUGACAAACGAGCACCUGAAGGCUCUCCACAUCAUGAUACCAGAUAUCGUACAGAUGCACAUCGAGACGCUAGAUGCAGUCCACAGAGAGAGUAAGAGACUGCCUCCGAUCCAAAAGCCCAAGCUGCUGAGGCCGACUCUGUUACCUGGUGAGGAGCUGGUGAUGGACGGCAUGCGGGUUCACCUGAUCCCAGAUGGCCGAGAAGAGUCAACAGGGCAGAUGGGAGGACCGCCUCUACUUCCUGCUGAGGGCGCUAUCUUUCUUACAACCUACCGCCUUAUUUUCAAGGGAACACCGUCCGACCCACUGGUGGGUGAGCAGAUAGUGACCCGCUCCUUCCCCAUCGCCUCUCUAACUAAGGAGAAGAGAAUCUCAGUCACAUUAUCCAUGGACCAGUUUGUCCAGGAGGGGCUCCAGCUACGAUCUUGCACCUUUCAGCUGAUCAAGAUUGCGUUUGAUGAAGAGGUUGCAUCAGACCUGGCUGAAGGUUUCAGGAAACACCUGCACAAGCUGCGUUAUCCUCAGCAUGUCCAGGGUACCUUCGCCUUCACGGUGGGUCAGAGUGCCAAGCUGGUGUUGGAGCCCAAGGCCAAGGACAAGAACCAGUCCCUUAAAACACUUUCCAAAAACCUGGUUAAGACCGCCAAGAGAACCAUCAACCGGCAGUAUGUGACCAGGAAGAAGUAUUCCCCCCCCAGUGUGGAGAACCGGAGCAGUUUCCAGUCGGAGCUGGAUGAGGACGAAAUCUCAGUCUCAGAGGAGGUUGAUCAGGGCGCCCUCACCCUCUCCUCCACCAUCCGCUCCUCAGACAGGCAGACGAUGAGCAACGUUGUGGAGCGUGCCUGCUGUCGUGACUACCAGCGUCUCGGUCUGGGCACGCUCAGUAACAGCUUGACUCGUAGUAAGAACGAGCCCUUCAGGAUUUCCACAGUGAAUCGCAUGUACACCGUCUGCAGGAGCUACCCCGGCCUGCUGAUAAUCCCUCAGAGCAUUCCAGACACUGCCAUCCAACGAAUCUGCCGCUGCUACCGACAAAAUCGCUUUCCUGUUGUGUGCUGGAGGCAUUCGAGAACCAAGGCGGUCCUGCUGCGCUCAGCAGGCCUUCACGCCAAAGGGGUUGUCAGCUUCUUCAAGUCCCCCAACGCUCCCACUGCAGUUCCAUCUCAGGCAGACUCGACCAGUCUGGAACAGGAGAAAUACCUGCAAGCCAUCAUCAGCUCCAUGCCCUCCUACAGCGAGAGCAGUGGCAGGAACACCCUGAGCGGCUUCACGUCCACACAUAUGAACACCUCUGAGUCGUCCGAUAAGCUGCGACAGCCCAAAAUUGGAGAUCUGAUGAAGCAGGUUCUGGGCAACAAAGAUGAUGUUCCUGGAACCUUCAGCAGAGGAGCUCUUGGUCAAAAGGCGAAAGUCUGCUCCCUCUCUCAGUCCAAAGUGUCUGGCAAGGCCAGGACCCCUUCUAGAGGUAAAUGGGGUAGUAUACGGGGCAGCGGGCGUCUAAGUGCCUACAACCCAGAUGUGGGGACGCGCCUGGCUGGGAAAGAAUCCCCUCAGCCCAACGGGGGACCCAGUGAUCCAUUGUUCCUCCGCCAGCAGAAAGCCUACCUCUACAUCAUCGGGGACAAAGCCCAGCUCAAGGGAGGAAAGCAGGACUCAUUCCAGCAAUGGGAGGUGAUACCCAUCGAGGUGUGUGACGUGCGGCAGGUAAAAAACAGCUUCAAGAAGUUGGUGAAGGCCUGCGUGCCGAGCUCUCCGACCUCCGACCCCAACAUGAGCUUCCUGCGCCUCCUGGAGGACUCGGAGUGGAUGGCCCUGCUACACAGGGUGCUACAGGUGUCUGUACUGGUGGUGGAGCUUCUGGACUCUGGCUCAUCUGUCAUGGUCAGCCUGGAGGACGGCUGGGACGUCACCACACAGGUGGUGUCCCUGGUGCAGCUGCUCUCUGAUCCCUACUACAGAACCUUCGACGGGUUCCGGUUGCUCGUGGAGAAGGAGUGGUUGUCGUUUGGUCACAGGUUCAGCCACCGUGGCGCACAGACCCUGGGUAGCCAGAGCAGCGGCUUCACCCCCAUCUUCCUGCAGUUUUUGGACUGCGUGCAUCAGAUCCACCUCCAGUUUCCCAUGGAGUUUGAGUUCAGUCAGUACUACCUGAAGUUCCUGGCCUACCACUACGUGUCCAACCGCUUCCGCACCUUCCUGCUGGACUCGGACUACGAUCGCAUCGAGCUGGGAGUUCUGUACGAGGAGAAAGCAGACAGGAGAAAUCCUCAGGUGUGUAAGUCUGUGUGGGACUACAUCGACAGACUUAACAAGAAAACUCCCAUCUUUUACAACUACAUGUAUUCACCAGAAGACGAGGAGGUGCUGAGGCCAUACACGUUCGUCUCAAACAUGAAGGUGUGGGAAUUCUACCUGGAGGAGACCCUGUCCGAAGGGCCGUCGUAUGAUUGGGAGCUGAAGGGCCGACAGGAGCGGGUGGCAGAGGAAACGGCAGAAAAACCCGACACCAGUGCCCCAAAAUCUCAGCGGCACAUCGUGUGGCCAUGCUACGACAGCCUGAACAGGGUGAUGCCCGACGCCAUCACUAAGCUGCUGCAGGACAUGCAGAACCUGGAGGUUGAACUUGGUCAGACAUCGGACAAGUGGAAAGACACGUGGGACAAAAUCAAGACUAUGCAGAGGACCGAGACCAAACUGGAAUCUAAAGCAUCCUUCUCCAGCUCGCUGCUGAUGUCAUCUAACCUGAGCCACCAGCGGCGUUCCCAUGGUGUCUGUCUGCAGGAGGGCAGCGUCAGAUCCUCCAUAAAUCUGAGUUUGGAGUGCGAGGCCAGCGCCACAUCCACACCCGUCACGGGUCGACAAAGUACCAGCACGCUCUACAGCCAGUUCCAGAACACAGAGAGCGAGAACAGGAGCUUUGAAGGCAUUCUGUACAAGAAAGGAGCAUUGUUGAAACCAUGGAAACCACGAUGGUUUGUUCUGGAUAAGACAAAACAUCAGCUGAGAUACUACGACUCCAGACAGGACAAAGAGUGUAAAGGCGUGAUUGACCUAGCUGAUGUGGAGUCCAUCACGGUGGGAACGCCUGCCUUGGGAGCCCCCAAAAAUGUCGAGGAGAAAGCCUUCUUUGAUCUCAAGACCAACAAGCGAGUGUACAACUUCUGUGCCCAGGAUGGGCUGAACGCACAGCUGUGGAUGGACAGCGUUCAGAGCUGCCUGUCGGAUGCCUAAAGACUCCUGAAAGUAAAGCCCGAGGUUGCGCAGAACACCUGGUGAACAUGUCUGCUAGUGAUCCCAGUAAAACCAGGAGAGGGAAGAACUUUGUUCACUAGUGUUGAACUAACAAUCUUAUGUUACAGCUUUUUUGUUAGAAAAAUUUGAGAAAUUUAAAAAAAAAUCCGAGAAGGGACGCACCACCCCCCAACAGUCUGAGCACUGUGUUUAUGCACAAAACCAAUGCAGAUGUAAAGUGUUUCUGAGACAUCUUGCAGCUUGGACCAGCAUGAGGAUCCUCCCAGACCUUCCACCAUGACAUACCCCGCUCAGCCUUUAAGACACUUUGGAGAGGAAUGACGGAGGAACUGCAGUCGGAACUCAUGAAACUGCUCAGAAAAUGACCUAAAAACGAACUGGUGGACCAAAACUGCCCUGAGGAACCUUCUGUGACAGCCAACACCCUCCUUCUGCUCUCACUGCCACUCACCCUGGACAGAGAACUGUGAGCUAGCUGUUUCUAUAAUGGUUCAUGAAGGAUUUGCUUUACUUUCUAGUUGUUUUUUUUCCCACAAUCAGACCCAGAUCUCACGCUUGUCAGCUGUUCUGCGAAGGUGGCGUCUUACUGUGAACGCCGUGGAUCAGCGGUGGAGAUCAAACCAGGAAGGCUUGCGGAAGAUUUCGUUUACAGAAACAAAAGUUUGCUCUUCUCUGCCAUGCUUUCACCCAAACUACUACUAGCAUGCAGGUUGACAGGGAUGCUGAAGGGAAACUUAGGGGUUUCUAUUUGUGUAAAGAUUCCAGAACAGUCCACAGGAGGUCAGGAACGUGGGAGAUGAGGGAUACUAGCGAACAGAUGAUGGGAUGUGUCAGAGACAGUAUUUGUUGAUAAAUGCAGACAGUUGCCGUGCACUAGCAACGGAAACGAUCUGUAAAAAAGGAAAACUGCUUUUUUAUUUUUACCUAAGUAGUAUUGUUUCUAUUUUUUUACACCUGUGAGGACGUUUGCACACAAUUAUCCAGACUUUUCCAGUGCGUUAAUCCAGGCGACGUUCCACAUAAACAAACCAUUUUUGUUGCUUCUCCUCAUGAAUCCCAAAACUAAAUUAGCAAACUAGCUUCAGCCUCAGUGGGAGAGGUGGAGGGACCUCCUCACCUCACCACCUCAUUAAACAGGGAGGACACAAAAGCCAGAGAGACGUCUUAGAUGUGACCCUGAUGGAGCAGAAGCUGCUUAGAUGCACCGUGGGCACCCGCCCUAGCUUCAGCUGUCCAAUUUUGUAACCUGGAAGGUUUACAGUUUGUCACACACACACACACACUCUUAAAAACCACUCGACCUACUUUUGUACUCACAAGCCCUGCUUUGUAAAAUACACUUGUGCUGACCUUGAACAUAAAAGUGAAACCUGUAGAUUAUUUUGUGUCUAAUAACUCCUUGUAUAUACUACUCCAGAUUUGUAUGUAACAUUUAUGGUAGUAAUUUAUUUAACUUGUCUCCUCAGUAAAGAAAGUUCCUCAACCAUCACUUUCUUUUAAAUUAGGAAUUCAAUGUGCCAUUUAUUUCUGUAUUAAUGUGACUAAUGCUUUUGUUUUGUUUUUCUGGAGAACUUAACAAGUAAACUUUUGUUUUUUAACAACAUUGUCCUUCAUAUCGGUUAUAGUGGUGCCAGUGGUCUAGUGAAAGAGGACGACUUUUAUUUUUGUUGUUUUGUUUUGGUUAGAUUUGACUCCUGCUCCUUCACAGGGCCGCUGUGUUCUGGAGCCCUGUCCAAAAACAUGUCAAACAUGAUGGUUUUUCAGCUCCGGGUUCUGCUGAUGUUCUCCUUUUGGGUUCGUAAAUUAGUUUUUAAAAAAAUAUAUGUAUAGAAGUCUGUUUUGGGAAAAUUGAUGGGAGUGCCUCUUGUAAGUCGCAGUAUCAGUGUUCAUUUUUAAAACAAACCUUUGGUAAUGAAAAUGAAAGAAAACUACCAAAACUGCUUCAUUAAUCUUUCUAGUGUCGUUGGAAGUAGCUUAUUUUGUGAUCUGUUAAAACGGAAAGCUGGAUUCAGUCACUGUUUUAUUUUGUUCCCGUCAUUUUUUUCUCAUUUUAUUCAAGCGAAAUUAAAAAUAAUGUCCAUCUUCCCCUCACAUGUUAUUAGAUGUCCUCACAGUAGCUGCAUGAAUCUGUUAUAAACCAGGCAGCUGCAGAUUUACCCUAAAACUCUAGCAGAAACUUAAACUUAAGACUUUAAAUGAUUUGCUGCUGUGAAGCAGAUGGACCAAAGACACUGCUUAGCAGAACCCGCCUGGGGAAACAUUGUAAUGCAUAUUCAGUCAGCCACUAAUCACUGUGUUAAACAACAAACGGCUAAAUUAUUCACAUUCUAACAUCUUAUUUUAAUGACCUUCUGAGCCAGGUUAUGUGGUCAAUCAUGUCAGUCUAGUUUUUAGAAUCCAAAUAAAUCCUGUGGGUUGAACUCUU